UGGUGCUCUGAGUGCCGAGUGGACAGUCCAGCAGGAGGCGGGCUGAGCGGAGGGACACGGAGGAGGCGAGGUUGCACCUGCCAUCCUCAGAGCCUGUGCUGCAGGGGGGGGCGGGGGGCAGGCAUCGGCCCGCGGGGCUGUGGGUGCGGUGGGUAUUUUGUUUCUGAGAUGAUCGGGCCUUUCUGUAUCGACACAUCAAAUCGCCCGGAAGUAUGCAGAGUUUUUGUCUAGCGGAGCUGGGUGAGUGAGCGCGUGGCCUCACCAUUCAGAUGCCAGGGUCCUGUUUCAGAGCGCCUGGGUUCCAGUGCCCUGCGGGGCAGCAGGUGAUAGCCCUAGCGGCUGGGUCACUGUUGCCCCUGUGGGGGACCUGGACUGAGUUCCCAACUCCCAGCUCCAUCCGGGAAGCUGCUGCUGGCAUCUGGGGCCUGAACCAGUGAAUGGGUGCUGUCUACAUCCCUCUGCCUCUCAGAGAGAAAGAAAUGAUUGCAAGGUGGUUUCAAGUGGGGCCUUUAUAAGAAAGGAAGUAGGGGCUGGCGCUGUGGUGUAGUGAGUAAAGCCACACCCUGCAGGGCCGGCAUCCCAUAUGGACACCGGUUCGAAUCCCAUCUGCUCCACUUCCUAUCCAGCUCUCUGCUAUAGCUUGGGAAAGCAGUAGAAAAUGGCCCAAGGUCCUCCACCUGCCUGGGAGAUCCAGAAGAAGCUCCUGGCUCCUGGCUUCGGAUCAGCACAGCUCCAGCUGUUGCAGCCAAUUGGGGAGUGAACCAUCGGAUAAAUCAUUAAUGAUUAAUAAAUCAUUAAUAAUAAUAAAUGAUUAAUAAAUCAUUAAAAAAAAAAAAAGGAAAUAAUUGGAGUCACAGCAGAGAGUCGGUGUCCAGGGUCUUAGUAAGACGCUCACGGUCUUUGCCUCCCAAGACGGUUAGGGAGGAGCCAGCAGGGCUUCCCAGGCUGGGGGGAAGGGGCCAUCCCAGGGCCGGGUCCUUCCUGGUCUCCAGAGCGUGGGUGCAGAAGUGCGUCUGGGGACGGAGCGGGGAAGGUGGUGCAUUUGUAGGGAUGGGGGGAGGCUGGCUCCUGGCCCCAGCGCCCUCUGGCUGCUUCUAUGUUGACCACUCAGUUUCUGGAAUGCGCCUGGGGAGCAGUCUGCACACUUCCUGCCUGAGGUCGGGUUUGUGGUGUGAACUGUGCAUCCGGUCCGUGGAUGCCUUGGAAGUGAAGAGCACGCGUAGAAAUCCUAGAGGAGGCUGGAACACGUCGGCGGGAUGGAAGAGAGGGAGGGCUGUGGGAGCUGCUGGGUGUGGUGCGCCAAGGCUGUGACCUUGCCCUGGGAAAGGCUUCAUGCCGCCCGGGUGAGAACCAGGCAGAGUCGCUCACCCAGGCCUGCACAGGGGCCCUCGGCUUCGCGUCCGGGGUGUAGCGUGGUCACGCUCUGUGGGUUUGCUUCUUUUCCUUAGAUCUGCUUAUUCACCCCUUAGCUUCGUCUGAAGAGUGAAACGGUGAGAAGCUGACUCGUGUACAAAACGUCCCUGGACUGUCCUUGGGCCAGGAGAAGGCUGCCAAGUGAACAGUUUGGCCCUGAAACUUGUGAAUCUUAGCGAGAUGCGACCAAGUCACCAGAGGACUUAGGAAUGUCAGGAGUCACCCAGCUCUGCAAGACUUGUAAAUGCUCUUCCUAGAAGUUAAUGAAUAUUCUUUCCUAUCUGGGGCUGGCGCCGUGGCUCACCUGGUUAAUCCUCCGCCUGCGGCACCGGCAUCCCACAUGGGCGCCGGUUCUGGUCCCGGUUUCUCCUCUUCCAGUCCAGCUCUCUGCUGUGGUCUGGGAGGGCAGUGCAGGAUGGCCCAAGUCCUUGGGCCCCUGCACCCGCAUGGGGACCUGGAGGAAGCUCCUGGCUCCUGGCUUCGGAUCAGUGCAGCUCCGGCCGUUGCGGCCAUCUGGGGAGUGCACCAAUGGAAGGAAGACCUUUCUCUCUCUCUCUCUCUCACAGUCUAUAACUCUAGCUGUCAAAUAAUCAAAACAAAACAAAACAAAAAUUCUUUCCUAUCUGCUUAGCCAGUCUUUACCCAGUGGGAAAUUGAAGAUGCUGUCUGAUAACUAUGAUUAGUUAUGAAGGUCUGCAUAAUUAGGAUGCACAGUGAGGUCAGAGCAGUGAACCUCAAGUUCCCCAGACAGGUGCACCAGCCCGCGCUGUCUCCACGAGGACAGGAUCUGCUCCUAGGCUCCCGGACAUGUGGCUGCUGUCAGACUUGUGUUGGGUGUUGUCUGUCACAGCUUGAAGCCGGGUAUCCGGUUAGAAACAGAUGAAGGUAGUUUAGAAGAUUAAACAUUGUUAUGAUUUCAGGUUUUUAUGUUUCAUGGACUGGUGGUUACAUAAAUGUUACACUUCAUUUAUGCUCUAUGUUUUGGAGCUAUUUCAGGACAAAAGGCAACUUUUAAAAAAAUAUUUAUUUGAAAGAGAGAGUGACAGAUUUCCAUCCACUGGUUCAUUCUCCAAAUGGCUUCACCAGCUGGAGUCAGCUACCUGCUAAUGGGUACCCAGGGAGACAGUAGUGAUGGGUCCCUACCACCCACGUGGGAGACUAGAUUGAUUGCAAGCAUUUGGGGAGCGCAUGCACAUGUUUUCUCUGUCUCCCAAACAAAAGCAAAAUGUAGCAGAAACAGGAAUGAGGUGGAUUGGCAGAGUUUUGUUGAAGUGAAUUUAGGUCAGAGGUGAGAGCUCCCGCAUUCACUGAUAGGAGAAAGUAUGUGUUGGGUUGCACAGAGGCGGCUUUGUUUUCAUAGAAGUGCAAAUCUUAGGCCCCGGAGAACCCUGUGGGCUGAGGGAGAGCAGAGGCUGGGGAGGGGAGGAACGGGCCUAGGGUCCCGGCACUUGCAGGCACGCCUCGUGUCCUGAGAGCCGCGUCACCUCUGGUCUGAUGGGCAUCGUGCAACCGCGAGCCGAGCACAGCUGCGCCGGCUCAGCCUGGCCUGAGUCGAAGCCGGCGGCUGCUCCCUGGGUGCGUGCACCUGCUUCCAGGAUCCUUUAACCCCUCUGCCAGAGCUCUGGCCUGACUCCCUCCCUUCCCCACCUCCCGGACUCCCCCUAGCAGCACAGCGACACCUCUUAACUCCAGAGCGCCUGCCCUGAGCGCCCCAGACAGAACGGAAGCCUGUGUUCACUCGAGGAUGGGACCGUCUUCAACUUGGCUUUCUUUGUGAGAACAGUAGAGAAUCCCCCUCCUCCCUUCUCCUUGGACUGGUCACAGGAAGUGACAGCUUAUUGAAGUUCAGCCCAGCAGCCUGGGGCAGUAGCCAGGAGCCUGGGCCUGGCUCAGACAUCCUGGGUUUGUGUGCCGGCUCCUCCCCCGGGUGCUGCUGACCUCACACCAGCCAGUGCCCCCUUUCUCCACCUGCCUGGGCUUGAGUCGGCUUCCACCUGCACCGCGUCACUCCUCACCACCUGGAGGUCCGUCUGUGCUCAUCAGCAGAGGGUUGUGAUGGGGCUUCGUGUCCGAAGGUAGGUGCCAAGGUUUCGUCUCAGUGGUCCCGCCGCCCUAGGUGAUGGGAGGGCCUUCAGCCCGAGAAUUAUUUUCCUAAGCAGGUAGUCUGACUUACUGCUACAGAGUGUUACGACCCGUGUUUCCUCCUAGAGUGGGAAGUCUGUUCUGAACUGAUUUGUUGGGCUUUGUGUGAGUUAACGCUCACCAGAGCUUGGUCUCACCUUGAGCUACUUGUGGCUUCUCAGCGGCGAGGAUGGUGACACCGAGUUCUCCUAUCCAGCCGUUGUCGCAGGGUCCAUCUCGCCACACGGGGAGGUGGACGCGUGCCCUGGCUCGCAGGAAAUUUGCUGCUGAGAUGUGGGAAGCCCCUGGCUGCCACCGCUGUGUCCUCUGCCAGUCCUGACAAGGGCAGGCUUUGACCGUCAGUAUCCAGUGCUGAACCAGGCUGAGCCCUAGAGCCUGGGGCCCCUCCCUGCCUGGGGCUGAGCCUUCCGCCCAGGGUCGGGUCCCUCCCCUCCUGCCCUGAAGCUGGAGUCUGACACGGGAGAAGCCCAGUGCUUUCCCGGCAUCUUGAUGUGUGGAUUGGAACCCUGGCAACUGGCAGCUUCCUGUGAUUCUGACCUUUCAAUUGUGUUUGUCUCUUGUCCAUCAUUUUUUAGUAAAGUCUCCUUAGAAUGAUUCUGGGGAGGGAAGGGGCUGGUGGUGUGGUGCAGUGGGUUAAGUCAGCGCUUGCAAUGCCAGCGUCCCAUGUCGGAGUGCCACUUCCAGUUCCAGCUGCUCCACUUCCGAUCCAGCUCCCUGCUAAUGCAGAAGAUGGCCUUGAACCCCUGCCACCCAUGGGGGAGACCCGGAUGGAGUUUCUGGUUCGUGGCUUUGCCCGGCCCAGCCCUGGCCAUUGUAGCCAUUUGGGGUGUUAGUGAACCAGUGGAUGGAAACUCUCUCUGCCUUUGAGACAGGAGAUGGUCCUGUAUCGUUUGGGUGAGCAUGAUGCAAUCACCAGUGUGGGCACUGGUGCUGUAGUUAAGGCAGGGCUAGGACAUCCUCAUCGUAUCCCAGAGUGCCUGGGUUCAAGUCCCGUCUCUGCUUCCGAUCCCAGCUUUGUGCAGAUGGACCCUGCGGGGCAGCAGGAGAUGGCUCAAAGUUGGGUCCCUGUCAUCCACUUGUGAAACCCAGAUGAAGCUCCUGGCUUUCACCUGCCCAGCCCUGGCUGUUGCAGGCAUUUGGGGAGGGAACCAGUGGAUGGACCUCUCUCUGUCUCUCUUUCAAGGAAUAAAAAUAAAUUAAAACAAAACAGGGAGGCAGUAGGAGCAGAGUCAGAGGAGGUGGAGGAAGAGGCCACACGCCGAGGACAGCAGGUAGCCCCUGGGAGCAGGAAGAGACCAGGAAACCAUUCUCCCUGGAAGUUAUAAGAAUGCAGGCCAUGGGGCCAGCGCUGUGGCACAGCAGGGUAACGCCCUGGCCUGCAGUGUUGGCAUCCCAUAUGGGCGCCGAUUCUAGUCCCAGCUGCUCCUCUUCUGAUCCGGCUCUCUGCUGUGGCCUGGGAUAGCAGUGGAGGAUGGAUGGUCCAGGUCCUUGGGCCCUGUGCCUGCGUGGGAGACCUGGAGGAGACUCCUGGCUCCUGGCUCCUGGCUCCUGGUUUCAGAUCGGCGCAGCUCCAGCCGUUGUGGCCAUUUGCGGAAUGAAUCAGUGGAUGGGAGACCUCUCUCUCUCUCUGUCUCCCUCUCACUGUCUGUAACUCUACCUGUCAAAUAAAUAAAAUAAAUCUUAAAAAAAAAAAACAAACAAACAAACAAAAAAAAAACACGCAGGCCUCAAUUUUGGCCCUGUGAGACUGCGGACGAACGACCUCCAGAAAUAAAAGAGAAAAAAAAUUCGGUUUAAAGUCACUGGGUUUGCAAUCACUUGUUACAGACUCAGCUGGUCCCUGGGUUUAUGGGAUCUCACUCGGUGUGACAGGGGAGAGGGACACAGCAUUUGGUCCCCCACCCCCCACCAAAGAUCUGCUCCUUCCAGACCGCGGCUGCAGGGCGCAGGGCGCAGGGCGGUCAGACUGUCACCGUCACCGGUGCGAGGUCAGGAGCCAGGAGCAGAGCUGGAGUCUGGGCCGCGUCCCAUGUCAGAGGCCUUGCCACACGAGCGUGUCCUCGGCGCAGGAGCUCGGUGAGGCUCUGGCGGGGUGUCUGGGACGGUUCUCCCCACAGCCGCCCUCAGAGCUGACGUCCAUCUUCAGUUCCCCAUGGCAAGAACCAGGGCGGCCAGGCCUUCCGGGAGACCCCCCAGCAGUCCGCUCUCAAGUCUGCGUGGAGGUGGAGGGUCCGGCGUUCCAGGCCAGCAGCGGCAGGGCAGGCCCGCUGGGCACAGGCAGGUGCACGAGCAGCAUGAGGGAUGCCCAGGGGAGGCACUCGAGGCUCCGGGUGCGGUGCGGACCCAUGGCUGAGCCACAGGCCCCAUUGUGCUUCCUGGGAGAAAUUCCAAACAUGAGGACAGCCAGGCAGAGCUGCCCGGACGACUCCCACCAGCCGCCUGCUCUCCCUGCACUUCCGCCCCGCCCUGGCCUGGUGAUCUAUUUCUGCACCCGCUCAGGGCCACCUGCUGUCCUGAGUUCCUGCCAGCAUGCAGCUUGCCUCUGCCCGUCCUCCAUCCACCCCUUAGCCCUCUCCAGUGUCGCCCUUGGCCCUUUGGUCCCCUCUGGUUGUUGGCAACAUAGGUAACUAUGUUUUAGAACCCCAGUUGCUUGAAUGUUUAGUUAAUUUUUACUCUGAUUGAAUAAUGCACACACAUAAAUGGCUCCAAUGGUCCUGAAAACUAAUAAUGAGAAUCAGUAGUCUCCUGCCUUUUGCCUUUUUUUUUUUAAAGGUUUAUUUAUUUAUUUGCAAGUCAGAGUUACACAGAGGAGAGGCAGAGAGAGAGAGAGAGGUCUUCCAUCCGAUGGUUCACUCCCCAGCUGGCCACAACAGCCGGAGCUGCACCAAUCCGAAGCCAGGAGCCAGGAGCUUCUUCUGGGUCUCCCAAGUGGGUGCAGAGGCCAAGGACUUGGGCCAUCUUCCACUGCCUUCCCAGGCCACAGCAGAGAGCCAGAUUGGAAGAGGAACAGCUGGGUCUCCAACCAGCACCCCUAUGGCACCCAUAUGGGAUGCCAGUGCUUCAGGCUAGGGUGUUAACCCACUGUGCCACAGCGCCAGGCCCCUAGAAUCAGUAGUCUCCUGCCUUUUACCUUUUAACCCAUAAUCUUGCUCCUGGAUGCAACCAAUUUCCAUUUCUUUCUUUAAAAAUUAAUUUAAAAAUUUGUUGGAAAGUCAGUUACAGAGAGAGAAGGAGACUCAGGGGGUAGGGGGAGUGAGAGCGAGAGAGAGAGAGCUUCAGGCUGGUUCACUCCCCAGAUGGCCACAAUGGCCAGGGCUGGGCCAGACUGAAGCCAGGAGCCAGCAGCUCCAUCUGGGUCCCACAUGGGUGCAGGGGCCCAAACACGUGGACCAUCUUCUGCUGCUUUCCCAGGCACAUUAGCAGGGCACUGGAUCAGAAGUGGAGCAGCCGGGACUCUACAUUUUUUCUUCUGCUUGCUGCUUGUUAUUUAUUUGAGAGUUAGAGGGACAGAGAGCUCUCAUCUGCUGGUGUAGUCCCCAAAUGCCUGCAAUGACUGGGGCGGGUCUGGGGCCAAAGCAAGGAACCGGGAACUCGGUCCAGGGCUCCCACAGACCUGAGCCACCUCGGCUGCUGCCUCAGGUCUGCACUGGCGGGAAGCUGGAUCCGGGAGCGGAAGUGGGGGUUGAGCCCAGGGUCUGUGACAUGGAACGCAUGUGUCUGAGCCACCAGGCUGAACACCUGCCUCGGCCUCCUGUUCCCUGAUGUGCUCGUGUUGCUUUUGCCUUGCUGAUCAGUUUGCGGCGUUGUAAGAUUCUGGUAGGCACAGGGUCAGAGCCGCUCAGUCAUCACCAACCUCCCCUCCCCACCUCUCCGGAGUCCCCCGUAGUUGUAGCCAUAGUCCCUGCUUUCCUAUGUCCACUAAGUAGUUGUAGUUGUAGCCAUAGUCCCUGCUUUUCUAUGUCCACUAAGGGUUCAUGGAGGGAGGGGCUCGGAACCCUGCACCCAUUUUAGAGAAAGGGCCUUUGACCUGCUCCUGGGAGAUAACCCCGGCGCUGCCCGAUAAGAGCUUCUGUAGCAGCCGCCGCGGUCCGAGGUCCCGCAGUAGAGGGUCGACCUCUGGGGAGCCAUGGCCAGUCCUGUGGCCGCCGCUAAAGCCCUUGGACACCGGGCUCUGGUGGGCUUCCCUGGUUGGCCAGGUCUGCAUGUGCUGUCACUCACUGGCCCUGGAGGGAUGACGCACCCCACGUGGGGAGGCGGAGUGGGAGCCCUGUCUGGGGCUUCCUGGGGUCUGGGCGCUCUCAAGGGCUCCACCCCAUGUACCCGUCAUUAUUGCUCCUUGAACAAACAUGACAGCUUCCAAGUCCUGUGUGUCCUUCCCAUGAGCCAUCAACCUCUCCCUGCCCCCUCCCCCGUGCAGGGAUGAUCCUGACAGGGCCCAUCCUCCUGCGCCACGGCCAGGCUGACUGCCAGCUGCGGACCCGCGACACUGCCUGUGGUGCUUGUGACACAGCGGGGAGACUGGAGCGUGUGGCUAGCAAGAUAAAACUGUCAGCGCACACGGGCUGCCGGCACACCCACCUUCCUGCCGCUGCCGGCUCUCAUCUCUCCCAUCUCCGAGAGCUCUGCACCUGUCAAGGGCUGUGGUUUCCUGGCUGCGUUCCCGCCCCUCCUAGGGCCCAAGUGCCUGGAAAGACCCCCGGCCUCUGGGCCACGCGGGGACCCCACCCUUUACCCACACGCAGAGCAGAGGUUGAACGACGCCGGGCGAGCUGCCCGGGCUCUCUGCCUCUCACCACUCCGGCGCUGACCGGCAGAGUUGGUGGAUAGCGGUGAUCCCUCUCGGGCUGGGUCCGAGAGGAGAAAUGAACCAGCCCAGCCACUUGACUUCCAACUCCCGUGGGACCGCUUUGAGUGUCUAAAUACGAGUCAUGGCUUCCCAUUUUGCCCAGUUUUUUUGAAAAGUUUAGAUUGUUUACGUACAAGAACCUUUGUGCCUGUAGGUGACACAGUGGAACAUCAACUAUCUUAACUCCAUUUUAACGUACACCUAACGUGUUACCCACGAGGGCAGAAGACACAGAGAAGAGGGAGACUGGAGUAGAAGCCCCUGCGUGGCCCUGACCGUGCCCUGAAGAUGCCGUGACGCGUGUCCCCCGCCCAGGGUCGCAUGCCUGUUCGGGCACUGCUCCGCGUUCCAGUUCCCUCUGCGCCCCCAGAGCACGUCGGAGCUCUGUAGCAGUGAUUCUCAGAGUCCCGGGGUCGGCUCCAGUGCAGACUCCGCAGACUCCUAACCAAAGGGCACCCAGUUGCUGCUGGUCCCUGGGCCACAGCCGCAGCACGCUCUUCCCUGGCCGUCUCUGUGUCAGCGGAGGCGGAGCAGCUGUGGGUCUCGGAGCGCCGCCACGGGAAGUUUCUCGGAAGGCCAUUGGGAUGCUCCGUCUUCCCCUUGUUUCCUGUCGCUGUUUGGCCAGGGGCUCUGCGUGAUGUACCCACCUGUCUACCUGUUUGCUUUUUUGUUUUUUAUUUGAAAGUCAAAGUUACACAGAGAGAGAAGGAGAGGCAGAGAGAGAGAGAGAGAGAGAGAGAGAGAGAGAGAGAGAGGUCUUCCAUCCACUGGUUCACUCCCCAAAUGGCCGCAAAGGCCAGAACUGCGCCAAUCAGAAGCCAGGAGCCAGGAGCUUCUUCCGGAUCUCCCAUGGGUGCAGGAACCCAAGGACUUGGGCCAUCUUCUACUUCUUUCCCAGGCCAUAGCGGAGAGCUGGAUAGGAAGUGGAGCAGCCGGGACUCGAACCAGGGCCCAUAUGGGAUGCCAGCACUACAGGUGGUAGCUUUACCCACUAUGCCACUGCACCGGCCCCUACCCAUUUGCUUUCUUUCUUUUUUUUUUUUUUUAAGAUUUAUUUAUUUAUUUGAAAGAGUUACACAGAGAGAAGAGAGGUCUUCUGUCCAGUGUGGAGCCAGGAGCUUCUUCCUGCAAGGGACCAAGGACUUGGGCCAUCUUCUACUGCUUUCCCAGGCCAUAGCAGAGAGCUGGAUUGGAAGAGGAGAAGCCGGGACUAGAACCAGCGCCCAUAUGGAGCUGUUUGCCGAACGCGGUUGUUCCGGGGCGCGCUGCAGAGGACCAGCAGGUGGCGCCGUUUGUCUGCGAAUGCGCCCCGUCCCGGCUGCCUCCCGUGGGCUGCGCCGCUCCGCUCGGCCACCCCGAGACCCACUCCGGACCUCCCUGGAGAGCGCCCUCUGUGAACAGCGCAUCCAGCAGAGCCCACGUGUCCCCGGGCGCAGCCCUGAGCCCCACACAUUCCGCGUUUCCUCCCACGGAAGCGGCCCUCGCCUCCUUCGCAGACACUGGGUUUCCAGGAAGUGCGUCUCGGCACCAGGCAGCACCGUCCAUCGGAAGCGGCUCGUGGGCGCGCAGUGCGUUCUCGCAGGUGCAUCUUGGAGAUGCCCGUUUGACGGCUCGGAAUCCCCUCUAGAGACUGAGCCUCCGUCUCUGACCUGCAGCUCAUCCUGCCCUGUGUUGAUGUCACAGCUUCCCGAUGUGACUCCCGCCGUUUCCUCGUGUUUCCCUGGUUGUUGCAGCAGGAGCCCGGCUGCCAGACCUACUGCAGUCCGCACAGAGGAGGUUGGGAGAGCCAUUCUGCUGUUGGCAUGCAUCGCUGUCUUCCAAGCACCUAGGAGAAAUAUUUGGCACAUAGUGCAAAAAGUACCUGCUGAAUCCAGUACAGCAGGGGUUGGAAGAGGGCGAGAGUGAGCGAGCUGGGAAGGCUGGAGCCAGGAGCGCGGUCCAGGGCUCCCACACGGGCAGCGGAGACCCAGCUAUCGAGCCAUCACUGCUGCCUCCCAGGGUCUGCAUGAGCAGGAAGCAGAGCCAGGAGCUGGAGCUGGGGAUUGAACCCAGGCCCCCUGAGGUGGAUGCAUACAUCCCAGCCAGUGUCUUAACCAUUUGGCCAGAUGCCUUUAUUAAUAGGAGUCACAGCUCUGCCUGCGGUCAAAUGCUUUGUUGGCAAUCCUGGAUAGUCACUCCCACAGCAUUGCCCGGAAGACCGGGGUCUCGGGCGGCGCCAGGGAGAAUGCAGGGAGUGUAGGAUCUGGCGGGAAAACCACGCAUUCCGACGCCUACAGGUGCAGGUGCAGGUCCUGGGGGUGGGUACACGUGUGGCUGCAUCUUCAUCUCUAAUCCUCGGGGCUCCCUUGUCAUCUCUGACUCUCGCCCUUCUCAUCUAUAAAGUGGGUUUAAUAACAGUCUCUACCUUUUGGGGCAGCUGUGAGCAGUGGGUGAGACGUUAGCACAAGCUUUUUGGCUGUUUCUCCAGCCACCUCUUCCUGGUGAGGUCUGGAGCCGUGUCCUCAGCUGCAGGUGCUGUGGGCUGCGGUGGGUGGCAUCUCCCAGGGGCUCUAUCUCUUCAUGCGCGUGACUGCUUGCCCUUUGGCACACAUUCACAGCGUGGAAAACCAGCCGUCCUGGCCCAGCCCUGCGGAGGGCAGGCUCCGUGGGCAGGAGACGCUUCCUCUUCUGCCUCCUCGGAGCCAGGGGCCCCUCUGUGCUGGUCCCAGGUGAAGGUGGGAGAAGUCGCUCCCUCCCCACCAGGGGCCCGGGGCGGGAUUCCUGCUUCUCACUGGGACCAGCCUGGGAGCUGGCGACAAGGAUGCUGGGCCCAGUCCUGACGCUUUUGGUCAUCACAGUGCCAGCUCAGUUACUGGUGCGCGUUCUUGGUCACCGACUGUGCCGCACGUCUCCCAAAUCUCAUUCAAGGUCGUCUCCCAGCGCCGGAGUCGGGACCGUCUUCCAUAACAAGGGUAGAUGUUUCCGGUUUUGCCAAUCAUUGGUCUCUGUUCGAACUACUCGGCUCUGAUUCUGAACUUGCGAUAGCGUUUGAGUGGACCUGUCUUUGAAGAUGUGCACGUGCUAGCUUGCUGACUUGCUGGCACCCUCUAAUAAAAAGCGCCGGCCGAGAGCUAUCCGGCAGCACUCUUCGGGUGUAGAUGUCUGUGUUCUGUCUAUCCACUUGACAAACCCCACACAGGCAGAGCCAGGAUGUGUCCCAGAACCCACUGAUUGCAAAGCCCACGCUCCCAUGCACUGCCUCCGGCUGCGUUUCGCCUUUAUUUGUUCUGUGAAUUUCUCGUGGAAAGAGGGGGGCCUGGGAGUCAAGUCCAUGAUUUGCCACUCACGAGCUUGUGACCAAGGGCACGUCAAUCAUGUUCUCUGUUCCUCCCCCAAGGCACAGGGAAGCCAUGCUUCCCCCGCUGUGGGGUGACGGGAAGUUGUCAGUGUCAGACCCUGGUUGCUCUGGGUCCCCGAGGACAGAGAGACAAAUGACGGGUCCCCAACAUGCAAUACUAAGGGAUAUUCAAAGAGCAGUGACUGCACACUCACAUUCUUAGCUCGCGCGCGGUCACAGCAGUGAGCUGGUUUGGGCUGCAGGCUGGGGUGUGUGUGGCUUAGAGCCAGACUAAGGAUGGCUCCCUUUUGUGCAGGAUCCGCAAGCACCUGGAGGCCUUGGCUCCCCCCGGGCCGCCCCCCCCUUGGGCCUGUGCUGUCUGCCUCUGCACAGAGACCUUAAACCCAUUCCUCUACCUCCUGGGAGGCUCCUGUGUGCUGCUCCAGCGUCCUUCUGGGGUUUCUUCCUCUGCCCACAGCACCAGGCCUCCCGACUCCCCUGCGUGCUGUGUUACCAACCCUGGGCGAACUCGGGCACUCCCCGGGGGAUGUUGCCUCACGUGGGUCCCUUCCAGGAGCCACUGGAGUGGGGGCUGGGCUCCAGCUGCAGGCACUGCCCCCACCCCUGCCCCGGCCAGUGCCCACCUCCGUCCACCUGGGCUGCUGUGGGUGGCAUCUCCCAGUGGCUGUCUCUCUUCAUGGGCAUGGCUGCUUGCCAGAAAGCCCCUCCCUCUGUGGCCCCCAGUGGGCAGCCCUCACCAUAGUCCAGCUCCUGCCCAAAUGCCCCAGCUUCUGGCUUGCGGGAGACACCUGCUAGCCGCCCAGCCCAGGGCGUGGCCACAGCUCCCUCUCAUUACUGCAGCAUCCUGUGACCAGUGCCCAGGAUUUAAGUCCCUUCUUCUCAAAGCACCUAGAGUGGCCUCUGUCUUCCCAGCUGACCUUGACCAAUGUGGGAGGGUGGCAUGAUUUAGUCCAGCAGGUCCAGGAGGGCCUGGAGGAAGUGGCAGCAUUUGAUCUGAGAACUGGGCCUGGGAGAUCAGUGCCAUGGGGUCCAAAGGAAAAGCCGACGUAGUAAAGGAACGGGGGUUGGGGAGGGCAUGGGCAGUGUGGCUGUGCCUCUGAGAAAGUGAGGAUGCCAUGAGGGCGGGCGGAGGGGUUUGCAGGGCUGAAUCUGGGCUCUCAGUCCUUGGUGUGCACUUGAACCACCCGGAGACUCGUGUGGGUGCAGGUGCUCAGGCCUCACCCAGGACGCACUGGAGCAGACUUGUGGCCGGCGCUGGUGUGCUGAUCAUGGGUGGCCAGGUGGAGAACCCUGGAGCCAGCGAGGCCAUGGAUGCCAUGGUCCUUAUCUGACCACAGGAAGGCGCGAGGCCGCUGGGCACCCUGGGAAAGUGGGAGGGCCACCUGCAUGACCCAAGACUGUCCCUCCGCCAGCUUUUCCUGAUGCUCCACACACAAAACCCUCUUGUUGGACCCACCACUCUGCCUCCUGGUGAGUGGAGGCAGCUGUGCGCGCCCGCAGGGACCCAACUCGGCAGAACGAGGAUCCCGAUCUGCUUUUGACGUUUUGAGCGCCUUUGGCUGUUUUCAUCAGAAAUAUGAAAGAUGUGGAGUCAGAAUCUUUGGCCAGAGACCCACACCCCCAGAGUUGAAAGCCUUGGCAGUGCUUCCUCCAAACCAUGAAUGUCAAGUCCAGGAAGACAGACAGCUCUGGAGAGUUGGGGACCCAGAUCCUGCUAAGGGCUCACACUGCGUCUCAUCUCCACUACCUAGGGCUUUAAAAACCUGAGAUUCGCAAAUGCCCUGCCUAAAACUCAUCCUCACCCUUACUCCCAGGGCCACAGUUAUCAGGCUGAUGUCCCAAGGAUAAUCUUUUUACGAAGUUGAACCCACGCACUUUCGCUUCCCUCCUCUCUAAAUCCAGGUUCCUUGGUGUGCCUCCUGUAGGGGAGCUGGAAGGCCAUGCAAGAUCUGCUUUAGAAAGUUGGGGGAGGGAGGGAGGAGG